UCGUCGGUUCUCGCCAAGGCCCAGGAAGUUGAGUCCCUGGCGGGGAGGACAGGCAGGUGCGUCCCCGCUGCCGAGCACGAAGUCGCUGGAGGGGCACACCUCGAUGACACGCUCACAGACGGGAGUUCAGACACACACUUCCUGGCUUGCGUGCGAAGCGGGAUCGCAGGGCAAUAAUCCCUCCAUCUUCCCUGGAAGGGUUUAGAGGCAGCAGCAGCAGCAGCCGUCUUGGAUAACUUUUGAUGGAUUCAGGAGGCCUGGAGACCUCUUGUGUGCCGGCACCUGGACAUAAUUUUCAUUCAGUCCUGCCCGAUGCCCCGACCUGGACUGCGGUGCCGGUGAGGAAACCGAGGCUUAGCGCGAUACCUAAUCCAAGGCCACGACGAGUGAGCCUGCUGGGAUUCCAGCCAGGAGCCUGUCCCUGGGGAGCGCUUGUCACAGCCUUACCCUCUUCCGGGAGGCGCCACACUUACCCUCGUGGACCAACACUCGAAUUAACAUGCUGAUACACACAUGGGGUGGCAGCUGCCCUUCCAGGAGCCAGUGAGGGGACCUGGGUGGCUGGGUGGGGACACCUGCCAAGUCCUCGCCUAAGCCAGCUACCACCCUACACUGUUGGCUUCCCUUCUCCAACUGUGGGGACGCUGCUCAGGCUUUUCGUGACAUCACACCCGGGAGUACUUGGGGUCCGGUCACUGCUGCUGGGCCCAGCGAGGUUCAAGCUCCGGUCGCCCUGCCCCCUACCCCCCAUGCCAGAUCCGGCAUCGUUGUGGGCAAACAAUUAUCUGGAUGAUCUUUAUGGGGCUUAAGCUUGGGUGGGAGCAGAUGGGGCAUGAGCUGGGGAUUUGGGGAUGGGGGAAUCCACACCCCCACGUCCCAGACGUUUAAAAGGCCCUCUCUGGCACUGGGCCGGGGCAGAGGCCAGCAGGAAAGUGACCGGAGUCCAGGGACAUGAUGGAUCAGGAGGAGAAGACGGAGGAGGGCUCAGGCCCCUGUGCCGAGGCGGGCUCCCCAGACCAGGAGGGCUUCUUCAAUCUGCUGAGCCACGUGCAGGGUGACCGGAUGGAGGGGCAGCGCUGUUCACUGCAGGCUGGGCCGGGCCAGACCACCAAGAGCCAGAGCGACCCCACCCCUGAGAUGGACAGCCUCAUGGACAUGCUGGCCAGCACCCAGGGCCGCCGCAUGGAUGACCAACGUGUGACAGUCAGCAGCCUGCCCGGCUUCCAGCCCGUGGGGCCCAAGGACGGAGCGCAGAAACGAGCUGGGACCCUCAGUCCUCAACCCCUGCUCACCCCUCAGGACCCGACCGCUCUCGGCUUCCGUCGGAACAGCAGCCCCCAGCCCCCGACACAAGCCCCCUGAGGGCCUGAGGCCUCCUGGGCCUUACUCGGCCCCCAAAAACUGAUAAAGAAUAAAAAGAAUAAAACACUUCCAUGAGUAACAAG